AUGGACCGGCCGCCGAUGCUGACCUCUGCGCCCUCGUCCUCCCGCGUCUCCCAGGCGCCGAUUGGCCCCCGCCUGUACGAUGCGCUCACUGCGAACCCGGACGACACCACCAUUGUUCGAUUCUCCUCGACCGGCGAGAUCUUAGCCGCCACGCCCUCGCGCCUCGUCGCCCACAUCACCUCCCCGAGCUUCCUGGACUACGAACUGCUCUCCGACUUCUUCCUCACCUUCCGCGCGUUCCUGUGCCCCAAGGACCUCGUGGCCUAUCUCAUCUCUCGCCUGCGAUGGGCCGUGGAUCGACAGGACGACUUUGGCCGAAUUGUGCGAGUGCGGACUUUUGUAGCACUACGCCACUGGAUCUUGAAUUACUUCGUCGAGGACUUUGUGCCAGCCUACACGCUGCGCACUUACUUCUGUGAAUUGGUCAACACCUUGUACAAUGAUCUACGGAACCGCGCAGAUGGAGGCGGGGGCGAUAUCAAGAUUGUCGGCGAACUGAAAAAGUGCUGGAGACGCACAUGCGCCAUGUACUGGGAGACGGACGAUGGGAUUCCCCAAAAUUCACCAGACGAUGAGCUCCUUCCAGGUGGCCACCCUGGAUCACAGACAUCUAUGGAAGAAUACGUCCGGACUGCUCCACCUCCCGCCACUCCCAGACGAUUGACUGAUCGCGACACCAAGGAAACCAUGGGCUCGAAUCCCAGUGACCACUUUGCCAGCCGGCACAUGGAAUGGGCGCAGCGAGCUCGCCAUACGCCACAAAACUCGUUCAGCUCGCCAUACUACCCUUCACAAGAGUACCAAACCGAAGCGGUACCAUUAUCGCCUGCAAGCGAACAGAGCAUGCACGUCUUGUCGUGCUCGAUCCCAAUGCGGAGUCUGAACAAAUCAGAGCAGGCGGUUGAUCUCCCUCUAUACCCGCAUCCCGUUCCAGCUGGUACUGCUCGCGUGGCCGCCGCUCCACAACAGGUCGUCUCAGCCAAGAAGGUCAAUCGACCCUCACAUGCGCACAAGCGGAGUGGGAGCUUCUCGGACGCAUUGAGGGACAUCUCCAACAUGCCUGGAAGUCUUGUUCGCGGCGGACUUUUCCAGCCUGGGUCGCCCUACGUCGAGACCAAGAGUCUUCGACACGCAAGAUCGCAUGUUCAGCUUGAAUCUGAACAUUCUGCCACGCAAGAUGCCUCGCUCAAUCCUCAUGGCCCAGGCAUGAAGAAGAUUUUUGGGAGAGGAUUCGAGUUUGAGUUUGAAAGACAUAACGCCACCAAUUCAGACCGUGAGGGCUCGACCAGAAAGUUCGAUCCGCGCGUGCACAGCAACAUUACCAGUGGAAGCAAGUCGAUACUCAUAAUCGACGACACUGGAGCUCCACCCUUGCCUGUGAUGACAGGUGCUUUACCAACGGCCGUUCAAGAUAAGGUGGCAGAGAAGGAGCCAGAAGUCCACGAGCGAGACAUCUCUAUUGACGUGCAGGCGGUUGACGAGAAUGAAAACACAGACAGCGUCGCGACAUUCCAGACCAUGUCUUCGAACAACGACCCUUUCUUCCUCGACACCCCGACAGGGUCGGUCUCGAACCUCACUCAUUCCGUAACAAACUCAGUCAUCUUGCGUACGGAACGUUUGAUCGACCCGUCCCCAGAGCCCAACCAGCAAGCAGGGCCGAUCGAGGUAGAGCUACCACCGAAGAAGGCAAUAUCUUUGGUGUCCACACAUUCUUCCCAACCAAAUCUCCGACCUUCGUUCGAGGCUGAAGUCGCCAAGCUUGCAGCACUUCCGGACGACACAGACGACGAAGGAGGAGUCGAGUCCGCGCUUAUGAAGUUAGAGGGUCGGUAUGAAAAGACUUCCUCCAGUAAUGCAUCCAGCAAUGCGUCUUCUUCAGGUACUGUUGAAGUGGACUACUACAAGCCAAGUGGCGCCCCGCGCGAAUAUGGCCAUCAACAGCAGCCGUCAGAGGUUACUGUAGAUGACAACACAGACGACGUCUUGCACCGACCACUUGAGGUACCUAAUCAAGACGGCCAAGACAUGUACCGACUGUCGGGCGAGAACUUUACCCGACGCAUGCCAGCAGUCAGCUCUCAAGGGAGCUUGCCCACCAACCUGUCGCCCCAAGCUACCCGAACCAUUUCAUCGACUUCGUCGCUUGAAUAUGUUGUCGAGACGGACAGCAUGAAGAAGCUGCGAAGCGGUAUCGCACAGCCGCGAUCAUCUGUUGCUCGUCAAUCCUUCCUUCUUGAUGAGGACGAGGAUCUCAGUGACAUGGACACGAUUGGUGGGAAAUCAGACGGAACCAGUCAUGGCAGUCACGGCGUGAGGAGUUUCUUCGAGGAUGAGCCGGCCAUGAUGGAACGUAACCCAGAGACCCUGCCAACAACACAUCCUAUGCGCCAUCCCCCUACACCACCCCUCACCGCGGAUCGCCUCAAACAUGCCACCUCCACUCCGACCAUCUUCGAGCGCGGUCUACCAACACCCGGUCUCACUCCUACUGUCUCUGGGCUUAACAACCAGACCUUUGGAUCUCCUGUCCGUUCAGUAGGAUCACCAAGCGAGACGCAUGGCCAAGAAGAACGAUCAGCAUCGCAAGCAUCACACAUGCCGUUUGUUCUAGCAUACGACUCCGAGGUUCUCGCCCAACAGUUCACCGUCAUUGAAAGGGACGCUCUCGAUGAGAUUGACUGGAAGGAACUAAUCGAGCUGCGCUGGAAACAAUCAUCGCCGCAGAUCCGCGACUGGGUGCAAUACCUGCGAACCGAAGAAGCUCGAGGUGUUGACGUUGUCAUCGCUCGCUUCAAUCUAGUCGUCAAAUGGGUGGUUUCAGAGGUUGUCCUGACCGAAAACACACACGAGCGUGCUCGAUGUAUCGUCAAGUUCAUCCACAUCGCGACACAUGCUCGACGCCUACGAAACUACGCAACCAUGUACCAGAUCGCCAUUGCACUCAUCUCGAACGACGUCUCCAAACUCCGCAAGACGUGGGCACUAGUGCCUGCCGCCGAACUGCACGUCAUGAAGGAGUUGGAGGGUAUCGUGCAGCCGCUCAAGAACUUCCACAACCUGCGUCUUGAGAUGGAAACUGCGACGGUCGACGAUGGGUGCAUCCCUUUUAUCGGCAUCUAUACACGCGAUUUGAUAUACAACGCCCAAAAGCCCGCUUUCAUUGACGGGCCUGUCGUCGACGGCGAGCGCAUGGUGAAUUUCGAGCGCCACCACACCGCAGCGACCAUCGUCAAGAACCUCUUGCGCCUCCUCGAAGCCAGCUCCAAAUACGUGUUCAAAGUCGAACCUCACAUCAUCAGCAAAUGCCUCUGGCUUGCGGCAUUGACUGAUGAUGAAAUCAGCCGGCGCUUCCCACCAUGCGGCUGUCAGAAGAUGCGCAUGGAAGCCUGCAUGGCCCACAUGCACAAUCUCAGCCUCGCGGCCAACGACUACAUGUACUCCGCCCGCCCCCAACUGAUGUUUGCGACGCUGUUGCACGAGACAGGCAUGGCGAGUUUGAAUUUGAACCGCGCGGGGAGCGGCCCUCCUCCUUCUGUCACGGUCGAAGAUACGGCUGCUGGAGAAAGUCCGAGCCCGACCAUGGAUGCCCCCGCCGACCGCACGCGCAAAGGCACAUUCGGCUUCGGCCACCGCCGCAAACACAGCCCGAACAUCGAGUGGAAAGAGCACUGGACCAAAGACACGUGGGCGCAGGGCCGCGUGCUGCUGAUUGAUUACUGCGGGAAAGAGCACUCGAGUUCUGGCAGGAAGAAGAUUGUCGCGCAGGAGUUUCGCGAUAUUGAUAGUCUACGGCGGUUUUAUCGCAAGGAGGAUUUGUCCGGGCAGGCGGCGCUGAGGGUGAUUCAUGUGCAGAAUGCGAGUUGGGCGACGAGGUUUUUGCUGCGCAAGUUUAAUAUUGAUGCGAGUGAUGAUUUGGUGGGUACGACGUUUGGCCGGUGGGCGAGGUAUGAGAGACCGCAGCAGAGGGGUGGGAAACCGGUGCUUAACGGUAAGACAUUCCGUACCCAGCGCGAUCCAUGGAGGGGCAUUAGUCGCGCGUCGUUUGGCGCGGAUUACCUCAAGCACUAUCCCAAGCGCUCGAUUAACCCGCUGGGCGUGAGUCCGAUGAUGGAGCUGAACCACUACGACGACGCGGACCAGCCGUGCUACGGCUUCGACGUAUACGUGCAGCGGUUGUCUGUGUAUGUGCAACUCAGCGACGGACGGCCAGGGCAAGCUGUCGAUCCUGACAUUCCGAAUCCGUACAAUGAAGAGGCGUAUGAGGAGUACCAGCGGUUGAAAAAGAGCUACGGCAACGUCGACGCGAAUGUGCAUCAGGAGCGGUAUAUCCCCAAGCUGCGGACGCUGGAUAACAGCAACACGGUCAUCAUCUUUGAGAACUCGCAGAGUGGGAGCGUCAAGGAUACGCUGAUUGGGGCGCGGCAGGAAUUGGAGAGUCGAUGGCGCAGAUUGACGUUCUAUCUGCCCAGAGAAGAUAUGGAGAGUGACGAUACGCUCGCGACCGAAUGCAUGGAUUUCAUACUGAAGGAUAUCUUCAAGGCGCUGAGUUAUAAUUGGAAUCGCUUCCUGGCGGCGUGUGAAACGCACGUGGGUAUCCUCGAGGAUAAGAUCUACGAGAAUCCCGCGGAUGAGAGUCGUGCGCCGGAGCUGUGGAAGAACAGCGCGCAGUGGUUGAAGGUCGAGAGGUUGUUGUAUAUCCACGCGGAUCUGUGUAGGGAGAUGAAGGGCCACCUUCACGAGCUUGCGAAUGGUGAUCCCAAAGAUGAUGAACAGUGGCUCGGCAGCGUCCCCGACGAACUCGACAAGCUCACCGGCCAGUGGGAAAGAGAUAUCAUUGGCCCAACGUCUUCUCUCAGCGAUCUCAUGUAUAAAUCCGUCGGGAUCCGCGACGCCCGGCACUCGCUGCAGCUCGGACUGAGCAUGUGGCGCCUGUCAUGGAUCACUUUCAUCUUCUUACCAUUGACUUUCACGGUCGGUUUCUUCGGCAUGAACGUCAGCACGUUCGCCGAAAACCCGCCCAUUAAAUGGUGGUUCAUCACGUCCUUCCCCAUCCUCGCACUCGUCCUCAUCCUCUGGUACGGCGUGAAGCACUCGUUAUCCACGCAGCGCCAGAACCCGCUGCGCCGGGGUGUCUACGAGGCGCUGUAUCACGAACUCGCGACGCAGCAUAGUGAAUUGUGGAGUAGGAAGGGUCCGCGAAAGGGCGUCGUGCCGGUAGGAUGGUGGAACGGCAUUAAAUGGCGGCUGGUUACGACGUGGUUCAGCCCCCGCGAAACUCACGCUCGCGCCGAGGAAUUACGACCCUGCGACGCAGGAGUUUGGCGCGUGGAGUCGGUGCAAGCAGUAUCUUGUGCGGCGGUGGCUUACCGAUCUCCCUGUCCUUACUGCAUCCUCCCUCCCUACCUCAUCCCCCACCACAUCAGCGUAUGA